AUGCCCGGCUCUCUGUCCCUUUUCUCCGUCAAUGCGGUCCUCGUCAUGUCCGCUGACGAUGUACUUCUCGGCACCACACCCCCCGCCGGCGCUGCACCGAACUCGACUGACUACCUCGGUGCCAACCCCUAUCCUACCGUGAAGGAGCAGCGUGCUUUCGAGAAGGGCCUGCUUGAGAAGACCAAUAAAUCCGCAAGUGAUGUGAUUCUUUACGAUAACCGCAUUGUUGUUUUCAAGAUGGAGAGCGACGUCAUGCUCUAUGUUGUUGGAAGCGCCGACGAGAACGAGGUUUUGCUUUACAAUGUUGUGCUGUCACUACGGGAUGCUCUCGGAAUUUUAUUCAAGGGUGCAACCGACAAGCGCACUAUCGUUGAGAACUACGACCUCGUUGCUUUGACUAUCGACGAGACUAUUGAUGAUGGAAUCAUCCUCGAGACUGACCCGGUUAUGAUUGCUUCGCGUGUCAGCCGUGCACCCGCUGCAGAUGCACCCAACAUGAAGAAUAUCGAUCUGACGGAACAGGGCUUAAUGAACGCCUGGGAGUUCGGCAAGCGGCGUCUUGCAGAGGGAUUGCGACAGAUGUAA